AUGUCCACCUGGACUACAGCACGGAGAGUACCUUCUCAGCCCUCCUUGCGAAAGAUACUCGUCGCGUCAUUCUUACUGCUAACCCCUAGUGCUACUUGCCGACAGGAAGACGACACCGCCGACAGUAUACUGGCAGGGGCGUCAGUGCUGCAGCGGACGCUGACGGAUUGCGCGGUCCAUGAGUCGCCGCUGCUCUGCCUGCGAGCGCUCCUGCUGCGGGCCUUGGACCGCGCUCUGCUCACGGACCGCCUGUCGCUGGUGGACGGCGUCACCCUGGUGCGCCAAGCGGCUGCGGACGUCAGCCCAGGCGACGCCACCGAGGUUCCUACAGCUGCGGCUGGGUCUGGGGAAUGGCAGGUGCCAGCGGACGGCCUGCUGCGCCGCCUCGCCACGCUCUUCACUACACACUCCCUACAGCUGCAGCUGCCAGGCACAUUCAUCACCUCUCUGCUCCCAGAGGGUCGCGGCAAGGGCGGCGGCCUGAAGAAGUACGGCAGCGUGUUGCUGCUGGGCGCCAUGAUGAAGGCGGCGGUGCUGGCCAUCGCGUUCAAGGCGAUCGCGCUGCUGGCGGGGACCGCGCUGCUGGUGGCCAAGGUGGCGUUCGUGCUGGCCGCCGUCGUGGGGCUCAGCAAACUGCUUGGGGGCGGCGGCGGCGGCGGCGGCGACCACGACAAGUCGGCGUACGAGUACGUCAAACACCCUGCGCUGGCCCACGCGUACGCGCACCCCGUGGCCCACGAGUACGGCCACAGCGGCGGGGGCGGCGGCGAAUGGUCUCAGCAAAAUGGAAAAAAAGAAGGGAAAAAAGCAGACACUGGCAGUUUCUAG